AUGCCCCUGCUCUUGGCCAGCCUUGCCCAGGCCUUCCUGGCCUCCAGGGCAGUGCUGCCGGGGCUGCCAGGGAACUGCCUGAGAGCCUGCGGCUCAGCCGAGCUCUCUGAAGGGGCAGGGGGCAGGAACAGCCGUGUGCUCAAGACGUAUGCCAACUUUCCAGAAGCACCUCAGGAGGAGGCUUCUCUCAGCAAUAGGCUCAAGACGUAUUCCAACUUUCCAGAAGCACCUCAGGAGGAGGCUUCUCUCAGCAAUAGGCUCAAGACGUAUGCCAACUUUCCAGAAGCAUCUCAGGAGGAGGCUUCUCUCAGCAAUAGGCUCAAGACGUAUGCCAACUUUCCAGAAGCAUCUCAGGAGGAGGCUUCUCUCAGCAAUAGGCUCAAGACGUAUGCCAACUUUCCAGAAGCACCUCAGGAAGAGGCUUCUCUCAGCAAUAGGCUCAAGACGUAUGCCAACUUUCCAGAAGCAUCUCAGGAGGAGGCUUCUCUCAGCAAUAGGCUCAAGACGUAUGCCAACUUUCCAGAAGCACCUCAGGAAGAGGCUUCUCUCAGCAAUAGGCUCAAGACGUAUGCCAACUUUCCAGAAGCAUCUCAGGAGGAGGCUUCUCUCAGCAAUAGGCUCAAGACGUAUGCCAACUUUCCAGAAGCAUCUCAGGAGGAGGCUUCUCUCAGCAAUAGGCUCAAGACGUAUGCCAACUUUCCAGAAGCACCUCAGGAGGAGGCUUCUCUCAGCAAUAGGCUCAAGACGUAUGCCAACUUUCCAGAAACAUCUCAGGAGGAGGCUUCUCUCAGCAAUAGGCUCAAGACGUAUGCCAACUUUCCAGAAGCAUCUCAGGAGGAGGCUUCUCUCAGCAAUAGGCUCAAGACGUAUGCCAACUUUCCAGAAGCAUCUCAGGAGGAGGCUUCUCUCAGCAAUAGGCUCAAGACGUAUGCCAACUUUCCAGAAGCACCUCAGGAGGAGGCUUCUCUCAGCAAUAGGCUCAAGACGUAUGCCAACUUUCCAGAAACAUCUCAGGAGGAGGCUUCUCUCAGCAAUAGGCUCAAGACGUAUGCCAACUUUCCAGAAGCAUCUCAGGAGGAGGCUUCUCUCAGCAAUAGGCUCAAGACGUAUGCCAACUUUCCAGAAGCAUCUCAGGAGGAGGCUUCUCUCAGCAAUAGGCUCAAGACGUAUGCCAACUUUCCAGAAGCACCUCAGGAAGAGGCUUCUCUCAGCAAUAGGCUCAAGACGUAUGCCAACUUUCCAGAAGCACCUCAGGAGGAGGCUUCUCUCAGCAGAAGGCUCAAGACGUAUGCCAACUUUCCAGAAGCACCUCAGGAGGAGGCUUCUCUCAGCAGAAGGCUCAAGACGUAUGCCAACUUUCCAGAAGCACCUCAGGAAGAGGCUUCUCUCAGCAAUAGGCUCAAGACGUAUGCCAACUUUCCAGAAGCAUCUCAGGAGGAGGCUUCUCUCAGCAAUAGGCUCAAGACGUAUGCCAACUUUCCAGAAGCAUCUCAGGAGGAGGCUUCUCUCAGCAAUAGGCUCAAGACGUAUGCCAACUUUCCAGAAGCACCUCAGGAAGAGGCUUCUCUCAGCAAUAGGCUCAAGACGUAUGCCAACUUUCCAGAAGCAUCUCAGGAGGAGGCUUCUCUCAGCAAUAGGCUCAAGACGUAUGCCAACUUUCCAGAAGCAUCUCAGGAGGAGGCUUCUCUCAGCAAUAGGCUCAAGACGUAUGCCAACUUUCCAGAAGCACCUCAGGAGGAGGCUUCUCUCAGCAAUAGGCUCAAGACGUAUGCCAACUUUCCAGAAACAUCUCAGGAGGAGGCUUCUCUCAGCAAUAGGCUCAAGACGUAUGCCAACUUUCCAGAAGCAUCUCAGGAGGAGGCUUCUCUCAGCAAUAGGCUCAAGACGUAUGCUAACUUUCCAGAAGCAUCUCAGGAGGAGGCUUCUCUCAGCAAUAGGCUCAAGACGUAUGCCAACUUUCCAGAAGCACCUCAGGAGGAGGCUUCUCUCAGCAAUAGGCUCAAGACGUAUGCCAACUUUCCAGAAACAUCUCAGGAGGAGGCUUCUCUCAGCAAUAGGCUCAAGACGUAUGCCAACUUUCCAGAAGCAUCUCAGGAGGAGGCUUCUCUCAGCAAUAGGCUCAAGACGUAUGCCAACUUUCCAGAAGCAUCUCAGGAGGAGGCUUCUCUCAGCAAUAGGCUCAAGACGUAUGCUAACUUUCCAGAAGCAUCUCAGGAGGAGGCUUCUCUCAGCAAUAGGCUCAAGACGUAUGCCAACUUUCCAGAAGCACCUCAGGAGGAGGCUUCUCUCAGCAAUAGGCUCAAGACGUAUGCCAACUUUCCAGAAACAUCUCAGGAGGAGGCUUCUCUCAGCAAUAGGCUCAAGACGUAUGCCAACUUUCCAGAAGCAUCUCAGGAGGAGGCUUCUCUCAGCAAUAGGCUCAAGACGUAUGCUAACUUUCCAGAAGCAUCUCAGGAGGAGGCUUCUCUCAGCAAUAGGCUCAAGACGUAUGCCAACUUUCCAGAAGCACCUCAGGAGGAGGCUUCUCUCAGCAAUAGGCUCAAGACGUAUGCCAACUUUCCAGAAACAUCUCAGGAGGAGGCUUCUCUCAGCAAUAGGCUCAAGACGUAUGCCAACUUUCCAGAAGCAUCUCAGGAGGAGGCUUCUCUCAGCAAUAGGCUCAAGACGUAUGCCAACUUUCCAGAAGCAUCUCAGGAGGAGGCUUCUCUCAGCAAUAGGCUCAAGACGUAUGCCAACUUUCCAGAAGCACCUCAGGAGGAGGCUUCUCUCAGCAAUAGGCUCAAGACGUAUGCCAACUUUCCAGAAGCAUCUCAGGAGGAGGCUUCUCUCAGCAAUAGGCUCAAGACGUAUGCCAACUUUCCAGAAGCACCUCAGGAGGAGGCUUCUCUCAGCAAUAGGCUCAAGACGUAUGCCAACUUUCCAGAAACAUCUCAGGAGGAGGCUUCUCUCAGCAAUAGGCUCAAGACGUAUGCCAACUUUCCAGAAGCAUCUCAGGAGGAGGCUUCUCUCAGCAAUAGGCUCAAGACGUAUGCCAACUUUCCAGAAGCAUCUCAGGAGGAGGCUUCUCUCAGCAAUAGGCUCAAGACGUAUGCCAACUUUCCAGAAGCAUCUCAGGAGGAGGCUUCUCUCAGCAAUAGGCACAAGACGUAUGCCAACUUUCCAGAAGCACCUCAGGAGGAGGCUUCUCUCAGCAAUAGGCUCAAGACGUAUGCCAACUUUCCAGAAACAUCUCAGGAGGAGGCUUCUCUCAGCAAUAGGCUCAAGACGUAUGCCAACUUUCCAGAAGCAUCUCAGGAGGAGGCUUCUCUCAGCAAUAGGCUCAAGACGUAUGCUAACUUUCCAGAAGCAUCUCAGGAGGAGGCUUCUCUCAGCAAUAGGCUCAAGACGUAUGCCAACUUUCCAGAAGCACCUCAGGAGGAGGCUUCUCUCAGCAAUAGGCUCAAGACGUAUGCCAACUUUCCAGAAACAUCUCAGGAGGAGGCUUCUCUCAGCAAUAGGCUCAAGACGUAUGCUAACUUUCCAGAAGCAUCUCAGGAGGAGGCUUCUCUCAGCAAUAGGCUCAAGACGUAUGCCAACUUUCCAGAAGCACCUCAGGAGGAGGCUUCUCUCAGCAAUAGGCUCAAGACGUAUGCCAACUUUCCAGAAACAUCUCAGGAGGAGGCUUCUCUCAGCAAUAGGCUCAAGACGUAUGCCAACUUUCCAGAAGCAUCUCAGGAGGAGGCUUCUCUCAGCAAUAGGCUCAAGACGUAUGCCAACUUUCCAGAAGCAUCUCAGGAGGAGGCUUCUCUCAGCAAUAGGCUCAAGACGUAUGCUAACUUUCCAGAAGCAUCUCAGGAGGAGGCUUCUCUCAGCAAUAGGCUCAAGACGUAUGCCAACUUUCCAGAAGCACCUCAGGAGGAGGCUUCUCUCAGCAAUAGGCUCAAGACGUAUGCCAACUUUCCAGAAACAUCUCAGGAGGAGGCUUCUCUCAGCAAUAGGCUCAAGACGUAUGCCAACUUUCCAGAAGCAUCUCAGGAGGAGGCUUCUCUCAGCAAUAGGCUCAAGACGUAUGCUAACUUUCCAGAAGCAUCUCAGGAGGAGGCUUCUCUCAGCAAUAGGCUCAAGACGUAUGCCAACUUUCCAGAAGCACCUCAGGAGGAGGCUUCUCUCAGCAAUAGGCUCAAGACGUAUGCCAACUUUCCAGAAACAUCUCAGGAGGAGGCUUCUCUCAGCAAUAGGCUCAAGACGUAUGCCAACUUUCCAGAAGCAUCUCAGGAGGAGGCUUCUCUCAGCAAUAGGCUCAAGACGUAUGCCAACUUUCCAGAAGCAUCUCAGGAGGAGGCUUCUCUCAGCAAUAGGCUCAAGACGUAUGCCAACUUUCCAGAAGCACCUCAGGAGGAGGCUUCUCUCAGCAAUAGGCUCAAGACGUAUGCCAACUUUCCAGAAGCAUCUCAGGAGGAGGCUUCUCUCAGCAAUAGGCUCAAGACGUAUGCCAACUUUCCAGAAGCACCUCAGGAGGAGGCUUCUCUCAGCAAUAGGCUCAAGACGUAUGCCAACUUUCCAGAAACAUCUCAGGAGGAGGCUUCUCUCAGCAAUAGGCUCAAGACGUAUGCCAACUUUCCAGAAGCAUCUCAGGAGGAGGCUUCUCUCAGCAAUAGGCUCAAGACGUAUGCCAACUUUCCAGAAGCAUCUCAGGAGGAGGCUUCUCUCAGCAAUAGGCUCAAGACGUAUGCCAACUUUCCAGAAGCAUCUCAGGAGGAGGCUUCUCUCAGCAAUAGGCUCAAGACGUAUGCCAACUUUCCAGAAGCAUCUCAGGAGGAGGCUUCUCUCAGCAAUAGGCUCAAGACGUAUGCCAACUUUCCAGAAGCAUCUCAGGAGGAGGCUUCUCUCAGCAAUAGGCUCAAGACGUAUGCCAACUUUCCAGAAGCAUCUCAGGAGGAGGCUUCUCUCAGCAAUAGGCUCAAGACGUAUUCCAACUUUCCAGAAGCACCUCAGGAGGAGGCUUCUCUCAGCAAUAGGCUCAAGACGUAUGCCAUCUUUCCAGAAGCACCUCAGGAGGAGGCUUGUCUCAGCAAUAGGCUCAAGACGUAUGCCAACUUUCCAGAAGCACCUCAGGAGGAGGCUUCUCUCAGCAAUAGGCUCAAGACGUAUGCCAACUUUCCAGAAGCACCUCAGGAGGAGGCUUCUCUCAGCAAUAGGCUCAAGACGUAUUCCAACUUUCCAGAAGCACCUCAGGAGGAGGCUUCUCUCAGCAAUAGGCUCAAGACGUAUGCCAACUUUCCAGAAGCACCUCAGGAGGAGGCUUCUCUCAGCAAUAGGCUCAAGACGUAUGCCAACUUUCCAGAAGCACCUCAGGAGGAGGCUUCUCUCAGCAAUAGGCUCAAGACGUAUGCCAACUUUCCAGAAGCACCUCAGGAGGAGGCUUCUCUCAGCAAUAGGCUCAAGACGUAUGCCAACUUUCCAGAAGCACCUCAGGAGGAGGCUUCUCUCAGCAAUAGGCUCAAGACGUAUGCCAACUUUCCAGAAGCACCGCAGGAGGAGGCUUCUCUCAGCAAUAGGCUCAAGACGUAUGCCAACUUUCCAGAAGCACCUCAGGAGGAGGCUUCUCUCAGCAAUAGGCUCAAGACGUAUGCCAACUUUCCAGAAGCACCUCAGGAGGAGGCUUCUCUCAGCAAUAGGCUCAAGACGUAUGCCAACUUUCCAGAAGCACCUCAGGAGGAGGCUUCUCUCAGCAAUAGGCUCAAGACGUAUGCCAACUUUCCAGAAGCACCUCAGGAGGAGGCUUCUCUCAGCAAUAGGCUCAAGACGUAUGCCACCUUUCCAGAAGCACCUCAGGAGGAGGCUUCUCUCAGCAAUAGGCUCAAGACGUAUGCCAACUUUCCAGAAGGACCUCAGGAGGAGGCUUCUCUCAGCAAUAGGCUCAAGACGUAUGCCACCUUUCCAGAAGCACCUCAGGAGGAGGCUUCUCUCAGCAAUAGGCUCAAGACGUAUGCCAACUUUCCAGAAGCACCUCAGGAGGAGGCUUCUCUCUGCAAUAGGCUCAAGACGUAUGCCACCUUUCCAGAAGCACCUCAGGAGGAGGCUUCUCUCAGCAAUAGGCUCAAGACGUAUGCCAACUUUCCAGAAGCACCUCAGGAGGAGGCUUCUCUCAGCAAUAGGCUCAAGACGUAUGUCAACUUUCCAGAAGCACCUCAGGAGGAGGCUUCUCUCAGCAAUAGGCUCAACACGUAUGCCAACUUUCCAGAAGCACCUCAGGAGGAGGCUUCUCUCAGCAAUAGGCUCAACACGUAUGCCAACUUUCCAGAAGCACCUCAGGAGGAGGCUUCUCUCAGCAAUAGGCUCAAGACGUAUGCCAACUUUCCAGAAGCACCUCAGGAGGAGGCUUCUCUCAGCAAUAGGCUCAAGACGUAUGCCACCUUUCCAGAAGCACCUCAGGAGGAGGCUUCUCUCAGCAAUAGGCUCAACACGUAUGCCAACUUUCCAGAAGCACCUCAGGAGGAGGCUUCUCUCAGCAAUAGGCUCAAGACGUAUGCCAACUUCCCAGAAGCACCUCAGGAGGAGGCUUCUCUCAGCAAUAGGCUCAAGACGUAUGCCAACUUUCCAGAAGCACCUCAGGAGGAGGCUUCUCUCAGCAAUAGGCUCAAGACGUAUGCCACCUUUCCAGAAGCACCUCAGGAGGAGGCUUCUCUCAGCAAUAGGCUCAAGACGUAUGCCACCUUUCCAGAAGCACCUCAGGAGGAGGCUUCUCUCAGCAAUAGGCUCAAGACGUAUGCCACCUUUCCAGAAGCACCUCAGGAGGAGGCUUCUCUCAGCAAUAGGCUCAAGACGUAUGCCACCUUUCCAGAAGCACCUCAGGAGGAGGCUUCUCUCAGCAAUAGGCUCAAGACGUAUGCCACCUUUCCAGAAGCACCUCAGGAGGAGGCUUCUCUCAGCAAUAGGCUCAAGACGUAUGCCACCUUUCCAGAAGCACCUCAGGAGGAGGAUUCUCUCAGCAAUAGGCUCAAGACGUAUGCCACCUUUCCAGAAGCACCUCAGGAGGAGGCUUCUCUCAGCAAUAGGCUCAAGACGUAUGCCACCUUUCCAGAAGCACCUCAGGAGGAGGCUUCUCUCAGCAAUAGGCUCAAGACGUAUGCCACCUUUCCAGAAGCACCUCAGGAGGAGUCUUCUCUCAGCAAUAGGCUCAAGACGUAUGCCACCUUUCCAGAAGCACCUCAGGAGGAGGCUUCUCUCAGCAAUAGGCUCAAGACGUAUGCCACCUUUCCAGAAGCACCUCAGGAGGAGGCUUCUCUCAGCAAUAGGCUCAAGACGUAUGCCACCUUUCCAGAAGCACCUCAGGAGGAGGCUUCUCUCAGCAAUAGGCUCAAGACGUAUGCCACCUUUCCAGAAGCACCUCAGGAGGAGGCUUCUCUCAGCAAUAGGCUCAAGACGUAUGCCAAAUUUCCAGAAGCACCUCAGGAGGAGGCUUCUCUCAGCAAUAGGCUCAAGACGUAUGCCACCUUUCCAGAAGCACCUCAGGAGGAGGCUUCUCUCAGCAAUAGGCUCAAGACGUAUGCCACCUUUCCAGAAGCACCUCAGGAGGAGGCUUCUCUCAGCAAUAGGCUCAAGACGUAUGCCACCUUUCCAGAAGCACCUCAGGACGAGGCUUCUCUCAGCAAUAGGCUCAAGACGUAUGCCAACUUUCCAGAAGCACCUCAGGAGGAGGCUUCUCUUAGCAAUAGGCUCAAGACGUAUGCCACCUUUCCAGAAGCACCUCAGGAGGAGGCUUCUCUCAGCAAUAGGCUCAAGACGUAUGCCACCUUUCCAGAAGCACCUCAGGAGGAGGCUUCUCUCAGCAAUAGGCUCAAGACGUAUGCCACCUUUCCAGAAGCACCUCAGGAGGAGGCUUCUCUCAGCAAUAGGCUCAAGACGUAUGCCAACUUUCCAGAAGCACCUCAGGAGGAGGCUUCUCUUAGCAAUAGGCUCAAGACGUAUGCCAACUUUCCAGAAGCACCUCAGGAGGAGGCUUCUCUCAGCAAUAGGCUCAAGACGUAUGCCAACUUUCCAGAAGCACCUCAGGAGGAGGCUUCUCUCAGCAAUAGGCUCAAGACGUAUGCCAACUUUCCAGAAGCACCUCAGGAGGAGGCUUCUCUCAGCAAUAGGCUCAAGACGUAUGCCAACUUUCCAGAAGCACCUCAGGAGGAGGCUUCUCUCAGCAAUAGGCUCAAGACGUAUGCCAACUUUCCACAAGCACCUCAGGAGGAGGCUUCUCUCAGCAAUAGGCUCAAGACGUAUGCCAACUUUCCAGAAGCACCUCAGGAGGAGGCUUCUCUCAGCAAUAGGCUCAAGACCUAUGCCACCUUUCCAGAAGCACCUCAGGAGGAGGCUUCUCUCAGCAAUAGGCUCAAGACGUAUGCCACCUUUCCAGAAGCACCUCAGGAGGAGGCUUCUCUCAGCAAUAGGCUCAAGACGUAUGCCACCUUUCCAGAAGCACCUCAGGAGGAGGCUUCUCUCAGCAAUAGGCUCAAGACGUAUGCCACCUUUCCAGAAGCACCUCAGGAGGAGGCUUCUCUCAGCAAUAGGCUCAAGACGUAUGCCACCUUUCCAGAAGCACCUCAGGAGGAGGCUUCUCUCAGCAAUAGGCUCAAGACGUAUGCCACCUUUCCAGAAGCACCUCAGGAGGAGGCUUCUCUCAGCAAUAGGCUCAAGACGUAUGCCACCUUUCCAGAAGCACCUCAGGAGGAGGCUUCUCUCAGCAAUAGGCUCAAGACGUAUGCCACCUUUCCAGAAGCACCUCAGGAGGAGGCUUCUCUCAGCAAUAGGCUCAAGACGUAUGCCACCUUUCCAGAAGCACCUCAGGAGGAGGCUUCUCUCAGCAAUAGGCUCAAGACGUAUGCCACCUUUCCAGAAGCACCUCAGGAGGAGGCUUCUCUCAGCAAUAGGCUCAAGACGUAUGCCAACUUUCCAGAAGCACCUCAGGAGGAGGCUUCUCUCAGCAAUAGGCUCAAGACGUAUGCCACCUUUCCAGAAGCACCUCAGGAGGAGGCUUCUCUCAGCAAUAGGCUCAAGACGUAUGCCACCUUUCCAGAAGCACCUCAGGAGGAGGCUUCUCUCAGCAAUAGGCUCAAGACGUAUGCCAACUUUCCAGAAGCACCUCAGGAGGAGGCUUCUCUCAGCAAUAGGCUCAAGACGUAUGCCACCUUUCCAGAAGCACCUCAGGAGGAGGCUUCUCUCAGCAAUAGGCUCAAGACGUAUGCCACCUUUCCAGAAGCACCUCAGGAGGAGGCUUCUCUCAGCAAUAGGCUCAAGACGUAUGCCACCUUUCCAGAAGCACCUCAGGAGGAGGCUUCUCUCAGCAAUAGGCUCAAGACGUAUGCCACCUUUCCAGAAGCACCUCAGGAGGAGGCUUCUCUCAGCAAUAGGCUCAAGACGUAUGCCACCUUUCCAGAAGCACCUCAGGAGGAGGCUUCUCUCAGCAAUAGGCUCAAGACGUAUGCCACCUUUCCAGAAGCACCUCAGGAGGAGGCUUCUCUCAGCAAUAGGCUCAAGACGUAUGCCACCUUUCCAGAAGCACCUCAGGAGGAGGCUUCUCUCAGCAAUAGGAAUCCCAAAAUCCCUGUGGCUAAUGGAAAGGGUCCUUGGGUGCCCUGGCUCACCUCGAGAAGCGUCCCUUUUGCCCUGCCAAGCCUCGAAGAGAUUGCUGACGUGUCCCUCGUUACUAGACAGGAGUCCUGA